AUGACAACAGAGCCGUUUACGGCGCUGCGCCUUCCCGUGAUCGGCUCACCCAUGUUCAUCGCCUCGUCGAAAGAACUGGUGGCCCAGCAAUGCCUGGCGGGCAUAGUCGGCGCGUUUCCUGCGCUCAACGCAAGGCCUGAAAGCGAACUGGCUUCGUGGCUUGACUACCUGAACCGCGAGAUCGCGGCAUGGAAUGCACAACCGCAGCAGCCCUGGCGUGCCGCGCCCUAUGCCGUGAAUCUGAUCGUGCAUCCCAGCAACCAGCGGCUGGCGCACGACCUUGAUGUGGUGUGUCAGUACAAGGUGCCGGUGGUGAUCACCAGCCUCAACGCGCCGGGGCAGGUUGCCGAACGUAUUCAUGCAUAUGGCGGGAUCGUGCUGCACGACGUAUCAACCAUGCGUCAUGCGCGCAAGGCCAUUGAUGCGGGCGUUGACGGACUGGUGCUGGUGUGUGCCGGUGCGGGAGGCCACACCGGAACCCUCAACCCCUUUGCAUUCACCGAUGAGGUCAGGCGGAUUUUUGACGGCCUGGUCGCCGUGUCAGGCUGUAUCUCGCAUGGCAGGCAGGUGCGUGCCGUACAGGCCAUGGGCGGGGAUCUUGCCUAUGUGGGCACGCGUUUCGUCGCGUCGACCGAGGCGCAGGCCGAUUCGCGUUACCAGCAGAUGAUUGUGGACGGUGCUGCGGCGGACAUCGUGUGCACCAGCGCGGUGACCGGGCUGCCGGCCAACUACCUGCGUGCGAGUUUCGCUGCGCUGGGCGUUGACGUUGAUGCCCUGCCUGCGCGCGAGACCUCGUCUUUCGGUUUCGGAAAACGGGGCGAUGGGACGGAGGCCAAAGCCUGGCGCGAUGUGUGGAGCGCGGGCCAGGGCAUCGGCGGCAUCGAUUCGGUCGUGCCUGCAGCAGAAAUCGUGAAUCGUCUUGCAGCCGAAUAUGCUUCAGCGCGCAGGUCUGCUUGA